AUAAUGAUGAGAAUUGUAUCGAGGUGGUCAUGACACACAAAUUUGAUGCAUAGUCGUUUCUUUCUCGUGUCCAAAUAACUUCUAGAAACUUCAUUUCUCUUUCAUUCUUCUCUCCCAUUCAUUUCAUUUCAACACUCACCUCUCUCUCUCUCUCUCUCUCUCUCUCUCUCUCUCUCUCUCUCUCUCGUUUUGAAUUCAUACCCUAUGUCCAAACAAACUCAAAGCACUCACUGAAAUACAUUUCGCUACAACUACAAGAGCAAAGAUGGGGAAAAAGAGCAACAAAAGAAAAAGGAAAGAAGAGAUUGCUGAGGAUUGUUGUUUCAUUUGCAAGGAUGGAGGGAACAUGAGGGUCUGUGAUUUUGGGGAUUGCCUUAAAGCUUAUCAUCCGGAAUGCGUGGAUAAAGACAAUACCUUUUUGAAGAAUGACAGUAAUUGGUGUUGUGGUUCCCAUUAUUGCUACAUAUGCAGAAAAGCAUCAAAGUUCAUGUGCUUUUGCUGCCCAGCUGCUGUUUGUGGAAAAUGCUUCUUUGAUGGUGAAUUUGCUACUGUCAAAAGAAACAAAGGAUUUUGUAGGCACUGCGCAAAACUUGCAUCUCUACUUGAAAAAAAAGCUGAUGUUGAUUCUGAUGGGGAAAAGAUAGAUUUCGAAGAUCAAGAGACAUAUGAAUGUUAUUUUCAAGAAUAUUAUAAAUUUAUCAAAAAAAAAGAAGGACUGAAUUCUCAAAAUGCUCAUUUUGCCCAUGACUUCAUUAAAAAUGGGAAAAACAAGCGUGACUUGGAUCCAUACGAAAUAGUUGAGGAGGAAGAUGAUUCUGGCGAAUCUGAUGUGAGUGACUCUCAAGCUUCUGAUUAUGAUGACCUGAAUGAGACAUCAGGAGUUAAAUCGGUGAGGAGAAAGAAGAAAUGCAUGAAAAAGCUAAAGUCAAUAAAAGGAAAAGUUGGAGAUAAGAAAAAGGAUUUUGUAGGAUGGGGUUCAAGAAGUCUCAUAGAUUUUCUUGAAGAUAUUGGUAGAGACACAGCCAAAGAACUUUCCGAACACGAUGUUGCUUCAAUAAUCAUUGAGUACUGCAAUAGUAACAAGCUAUUUGACCCUGAGAAAAAGCGAAAGGUCAUAUGUGAUGAAAAGUUAAGGACUUUACUGCGGAGGAAGUCAGUGAACAAAAACAACAUCCAAAACCUUCUGACAUCGCAUUUUGUUGAGAAUCUUGAGGAAACAGAUGAUAUCAUCUGUGGUUCAGAAGAAAGGGAUUAUAAUGAGCCGAUAAAAUUUUCGAGGUCGAGAAAUUUGAACCCAACUACAAAAUCUUGUCAGAACCUAGUUUCUAAAGAGCUUCUAAGCGGUUUUGCAGCUAUAAUUAGUUCAAACCUAAAGCUUGUCUACUUGAAGAGGAGCUUAAUUGAGGAGCUUUUAAAGAAGCCAGAUGCUUUUGAUGGCAAAGUCUUGGGAAGUUUUGUGAGAACCAAAUCUGACCCCAAUGACUAUUUGCAGAAGAACUCCCAUCUGCUCUUACCAGUAAUAGGAAUAAACAGAUCUUCAAAGAAAGAAGAAAUCAACCAAGAAAUUAUGCUCCGGCUUCUUAAUGUGCCAAAAGAUGUACCUAUCUGCAAAAUUUCAGAUGAUGAUUUUUCUGAGGAAGAAUGUCAAGAUCUGUAUCAGAGAAUGAGAAAUGGUCUGCUCAAACAGCCGACUAUACUGGAGCUUGAGCAGAAAGCCAAAACUCUGCAUGAAGAUAUAAUAAAGCAUUGGAUCUCAAGGGAAUUAACAUUGUUACGAAAUCGCAUUGAUCUGGCCAAUGAAAAAGGAUGGAGGAGAGAACUUGCUCAGUACAUGGACCGCAAACUGAAGCUUGAGUCUCCAUCAGAACAAUCACGUUUAUUAAGUGAAAUUCCAAAAGUAAUUCCUGAAAUGGUUUAUACCAAUAUGUCACCAAAAGAUUCCUCAAGCAAAGAUAAGCUUGAUCAAAAUGAUUUGCCGGAAUUAGCCACUGGAGAUACUUGUAACUCCAAAUAUGGCGGUUUUGAUCAAUGUAUGGAUAAGAGAACAGAUGUUAUAGGUCCAAAAACUCCAGUGAAAAAUAACCAUGAUGAUACAACAUAUCCUACCUCUGUUGAACAAUUGUUUGUCUAUGGUGCUUCCCAAGAUAAAGACACUUCUCAAAAUGAGCUGAUUCAAUAUACCUCAAAAAGGCGAGAUGAUCACCUUUCAGUUGCGGAUCCUGUAAAGGCGACUGUCAACGAUGUUGUUGUGCCUGAUCCUGUUAAGGUGACCAUCAAUGAUGUUGUUGAGGCUGAUCCUGUUAAGGCGGUUGUCAGUUAUGUUGUUGAGGCUGAUCCUGUUAAGGCGGUUGUCAGUUAUGUUGUUGAGGCGACUGUCAAUGAUGUUAUUGUCUUAAGUGACAGUGAUGAAGAGGAUGUGAGUAUUAAAAACACUCCAGCAGGACAAAAGAGUGUGGAGAAUCCUGAUGUUUCUUUUUGGAAUUGUUCGGGUGUUUAUUAUGGUGAAACAAGAGGGCCUUUUUCGAUGUCUGUACUCAAAAGCUGGAGUGAUUCUGCCCCUUUUCCCUUAGAAUUCAAGGUCUGGAAGACAGGUGAGAGUGAAAGGGAGGCAAUACCUCUCAGGGAUGCACUUAGGCUGUUUUUUCCCUGACGUGUAAGUAAAUCAGAAUGAAAGGAAAUCAUCUCUAUUGAAUACAUCACCAGUGUUAAUAUAGAGUUAUAUACUUCUGUUUUCACUAAAUAGGUGCCUGUUUGAGCUUCUGCUAGUUUAAAAGUACUUUAUCCGUUGACAAUUUGGAAGUGAUGGAAAAUUUGCCAAUCUUUGUUUCUUUUGUGCACCUCAACAUGUUUUUAUUCUCCAGUCUCCUUGUCAUACAAAAUAUAGACACCAUACGUUUUAUCUCUUAUUUAA